AUGGGCCUCGAGCUGCCACCAAAGCUCAUCAGCUGGGCCCAUAGCGACAGAAUACAAGUCAGCCAGCUCUGUCUUACCCAUCAGACAUGUCGCUACAAUGACGCAAAGGUUGCUACUCUAGCCGCGAGUCGGGUCCCGUGUCUAGUGCAACAACCCUCAUCAAACAAACGAGUCAGCUUAGCGACGCUAAGUCUGGGCAUCAAGACGCUUUCAUAUGCCGAGAGGGGUGAAAUGAGGCAAGCCCUCGAUGCAGCUGCAAGGAUCAGCCAGAAAGCCCAGCGGAAAGUCUCACACACUCUCCUUUAUCCCGUGCCUCUGGCUACCGUCGCUGAGAGAAGCACCCUUUCGACUCUCUCAGCUGCAGUCCGCCAGCUUCCGUAUCCCGAGGCAACCGAGAUGAAUAUCGCUUCGACCGCCGCCUCGGCUACGAGUUUUGAGCGCGUCAUGCGUCCCGUCGGACAGCCGGAGAGCUUCUGGAUGGAGCAUCUCAAUUCGCGGCUGCUGUCAGCUGCUUUUGAGACGUCUUUCGAGAGCGGCGAGAUCCUGUCAGUGGCAAACUCAGUCUGGACUAAGGGUCGCGAGCUACAGGAUGCUCGGCUGGCGGCGGUUCCAGGCUUUACAGAUCCUAAGCCGGAUACUGCUUUCGGAAUCGGCUUCGAGAACAGAAGCGUGGCUGGCAAGCCCUUCUGUGCUUCUACGCUCGCCAGGCUUCAAGAAGCUUUUCCGUACUUUGUGCUGUCCCCGGACGGAAGGGAGACGCUGCGUGCCCUGAUGCCUGGAUUCAUUUACGAGGCGAAGCCCGACCUAGAGCGGCCGGAUGUGGUCAAGGCACAGAUUGCGCUUGGAGCAGCCAGAGUCUUGGCUGUGCUGCAGCGUCUCAAGCAGCUCUCGAGGACGGUCUCUCCCCCUCCGGUCGUUGUGUGCGCCACCUCGACCGCACAUCAUUGGGACCUGUACCUGGCGACCGUCUCUACCCUUCAAUGCCCUCAUCAAUGGAUGAGCAGUCUUGCACAUGCCGUUUGA